GAUGAUUCAUCCUCUUCCCUUGUCUCCUCCAUCUCCGCCAAAAGAUAAGCAGUACACCUCAACGACAGAAAACUCCACACAUUCAUUUUCUAGGCUGUUCUGUCCAUACAUCUUGUUAGAGAAAAAGUAAUCCUCAAAACCACAGUGAUUGGCUGUUCUUAAAUAUCAGAGGUGUAUUUAGGAGGAGAACAAUGACAGCUCCCCCUGAAGUUCAUCUGGGUUGACCCCUGGGUCGGGUGCUUUACUAAAAGCCAUUAAAAGCAUGUGAACGGGGCCCACAUGCAGUGAGGCCUGAAUGUGAGGGUCCAAGCUUCCUCAUUGCUGAACACCUUUAGGCAGUUGACUGGCUCCAUAGGCAUCCGCUUACUGGGGCCAUGUAGGUGGAGAGGCGUGGGCCUGAUUCAUUUCCUGAUAGAAACAGCAUGGCCCAGGCCAGCCCUUAAGGAGUCAGGCAGCGAGCAGAGGCCUUUAGAGAUCUGACGGCUCAGCAAGGGUGGCUACAUCUUCAGUCCCCUAAACGGGAGUCACAGCGUGAAGACUAAACAAGAAGUAACCCCAUCCCUCCUUCCUGACCACCGUCCCUAAAACAGAUGGCACGAGCAGGAGCAAGAUGCUUCUCCCUGCUGCUCCUGCUGCUGGCGCUGUGGGUGGCAGAGCUCCCAGUCAGUGCCAAGCCCAAAUGCAUGACCCCAGCUCAGUGGUUUCAAACUCAGCACGUGCAGCCCAAACCUCAAGCCUGCAACUCGGCCAUGGGCCACAUCAGCCAGUACACAAAGCGCUGCAAACCCCUCAACACCUUCCUGCACACGUCCUUCUCCAGCGUGGCUGCCACCUGCCUGACCCCCAGCAAAACCUGCAAGAAUGGCCAGAAAAACUGCCACCAGAGCCCAAAGCCUGUGUCCCUGACCGUGUGUAAGCACACCACAGGGCAGUACCCCAACUGCAGGUACAAAGAGACGCACCUCAACGCAUCUUACAUAGUGGCCUGUGACCCUCCCCAGAAAAAGGACUCUGGGGAAUCCCACCUGCUUCCCGUGCACCUGGACGAAGUUAUUUAG